GUUUCUCAAUGCUCAGUGUUCCUUCAAUAACAUUUCUGAAAAUUGAAAGAAAACUAGGUUCAAACUUAAAACAAACCAACCUUUCAAGUGGCAGGGGGCGGGGAAGACGAUCGCCCCGCCCACAUUGUCUCCGAAUUCUUGGAGGACUCCUCCAACCGCGCCACUCCGGCGGGUGAUGACGUCAUCAGGUGGGACUCCCGCCCCCUGUGAGUUGGCGCAUGUGCAAUGGGACAAAGCCAGUGUGACUGAGUGUGGGAGAGGAAUGGCGCCGGCGGCUGAAGGAACAAGAACAGAAACCGCUGGAAAAGCUGAGCAGGUCCGGCAGCUCGUGUUGAGAGAAAUUGUAUUUGAAGAUCUGAAGACAGAAGUUUCAAAAUGAACAGGUGUAAGCGUUAUGGUGGAAACAUUGACUCUCCUGCUCCUCGGAUGCUGCCUGACCUGCUGUGCUUUUCCAGUGCUGCGCUUUUUGACUCUGACUCUCCAGCGACUGCAGUCCUCACUUUGACAUCAAUGUCUGAUAGUCACCCAAUCCAUCAGGACCGCAACAAUUUUCAACUAUGAUUCUGUAAGAAGGAAACAAGCUUUUUGGUUCUUGUUUGAAUACUUUUUCAGCAUCAGUGGGACUAGGUGAGAGACCCUAAUGUUGCAGCGCACUGAGCAUGGAGGGUGUAACAGCUAUACAGCCUGAAAACAGGAAUUCACAGGGGGAAGGAGGCUGUACACGUAUUUGUGUACAGCUGAAGCUUCAGCCAUGGAGAAACCAGAGGAAUCCUGCCCUGUGGAGAAACCAUGGAAGUGUGGUAACUGUGGGAAAGGCUUUAAUGUCCCGUCUGCCCUAGAGACUUAUCGGUGCAGCCACACCGGGGAGAGGCCAUUCAGCUGCCCCGAGUGCAGCAAGGCCUUCAGCAAUUCCACCACCCUGCUGACCCGCAAGCAGGUCCAGGCGGGGGAGAGGCCCUUCAGCUGCUCAGACUGUGGGAAGGCCUUCAGCAAUUCCUCCGACCUGCUGAAGCACCAGCGGGUCCACACAGGGGAGAGGCCAUUCUCCUGCCCUGACUGCGGGCAGGCCUUCGGUGAUUCCUCUGCCCUGCUGACCCACUGGCGGGUCCAUACAGGGGAAAGGCCCUUCAGCUCUCCCGACUGUGGGAAGGCCUUCAGCAAAUCCUCUGACCUGCUGAAGCACCAGCGGGUCCACACAGGGGAGAGGCCGUUCUCUUGCCCUGAGUGUGGGAAGGCCUUUAGCUAUUCCUCUGCACUGCUGGCCUACCGGCGGGUCCACACCGGGGAAAGGCCCUUCAGCUGCCCCGAGUGCGGGAAGGCCUUCAACAGUUCCUCCCACCUGCUGACCCAUCAGCGGGUUCACACGUGGGAGAGGCCGUUCCCCUGCACCGUGUGCGGGAAGGCUUUUACCAAUUCCUCCAACCUGCUGAACCACCAGUGGGUCCACACGGGCGAGAAGCCCUUCACCUGCCCUCAGUGUGGGAAGGGUUUCACCCACUCCUUCAACCUGCGGAGCCAUCAGCGAGUUCACGUGCCAUCGCAGGAGGAUUGAAGGAGCAAUGGGUUGGAGGGGUUGGUGGCGGUGGUGUUGGGUGGGGAGAGUGUGUGUGUGCUUUGACCUUGAGCUGUUUUUUAAAAAACCUACUUUUUCUAUGCCUUUUUGCUGGGAGGAAUCUGAAUCUGUAACAAAGUUGGGUCACAAUAAAGGUUACCUGAACUUAA